GACGUGCAUGUCGGCCACCUCACAGGACGGUCUGCAAGAUCAAGCCAGCUCAUUUUACGCUGCUCUUGCCCGAACUGCCACCCGCAGUCUUGCUUUGUAUUUUUCUCGCCCCGUGCGACUGUUCCGCCCCUCGAAAGUGAAUGGCUGGCAGUCGCUCAAGAAUUUGGCAUUACAUCAUGGUCGAGAGUUGUCACCGCAUUAUAUCUCGUGGCUGGUCAGACAGCAAGGAUUCAUGGUGAUUCCGAAACACUUCAUUCCUCCCAUGGUUGUCAACGGCGCUCUGGGCUUCGUUCUGUGGUCGACCUACACGGAAGUCUCCAAUACCCUAGAGCCUCACUUGCAGUCGAGUCCGAUUCUCCUGGCGGCAAUCUCUGGAGCAUCUGCUGGCGGUAUGCAGGCGUUGGUUGCCGCACCUGCUGAGAACGUCAGACUGGCCUUCGAAGGCGGGUCCACUUCGGCGCAAGGGUGGUCUCACGCGUGGAAGGAAGUAUUUCGUGGCACCCAGAAACGAUUAACAACAUCUGGCAGCAACAAAGUUCACGAAGCUCGCCAAGUCCGGGAUUGGAUGAGAGAGGUCGGUGAGAUGGCUGGCCGAGGGUGGGACGGGUGGGGCUGGGGUUUUGCCAAGGACAUCUGUGGUUUUUCGGUGUUCUUCUCCAUUUUUGAGAUCACCCGCCGUGCAGCUGCGCAAACGAAGUUAGUGGCGCAGAAGUUCAUGCGACCCUCUCUUGUACGAGACGAUAUGAGGGAAACCCGGGAGUCCAUGCAGAGACAUGUACCGCGGAUCGUGCAUGCCAUCACUCUCGUAUUCGGCGGGGCCAUCGCAGGUCUGGCUUACGAAUUGACGUGUCGCCCUUGGGACAUAGCACGCAAAACAAUGCAUAUAAGUAGAGUUGCAUAUCCUGCCGAUGGGCAUUCGGUCACGACAGUGCUGCUAGAUAAACUACGACAUGAUGGAUUAUUGUCGUUCUUCGAAGACCCAGCGCAUGCUUUACAUUACGAAGACACAUCUUCUUCGCCCAUGCGUCGUAGAUUACACUCGGCAUCGCGCACUCUAGCGCGUGUAGGUCCAUGGGGAGUAGGAUUUCUAGUGUGGGAAGCGUUCGGUCCGGGUCUGUCAUAACCACUACAUGCUUCGUAAACGAGGGAUUGCUGUAGCACGACCAUAGUAUCAAUUGAGCUGCAAAUGAUAACUGUCUCUG